AUGAUGGUGACACAGCCCACGUGGCACCCGGAAGGAGGAAGCUGGCGAAAGGGGAGGGAUGAGCCUGCCUUCGAAGGGGAGGAGGCAGCAACUUUUAGCUGGGACAAAAUUAAUUCUUCGUCACCGCCUCGUUUGGUUUCGUUUCCCGACAAACCCUGCCUUGUGAGCUGUGCCCCGGAUGAGCUCUCUAUGGCGGGGCUGAGGGAAGAGCUGAGCUGUCCCGUGUGCCUGGACAUUUACAGGGAUCCCACAUCGCUGAGCUGCGGGCACAGUUUCUGCAGGGAUUGCAUUCGCCAGGCGCUGCGGAGCCAGAGCAGCCCUGCCCGCUGCCCGCUCUGCCAAUCUCCCGGCGUGGAACUGCAGCCCAACUUCCACCUCCGCAACAUCGUGCACAAAUUUAUGGAUUCUCCUGAAUACCAGCAGGGGGAAAAGCAGGAAGGGCAAUGCAAGGAGAAGGAGGAAAACUCGGGCCGGCAAAAGAAGGUGGUGCUGUGUGAUUUCUGCCUCCAGGAGCCCCAGCCCGCAGUGAAGACGUGCCUGGGCUGCGAAGCCUCGCUGUGCCAAGCCCACCUGAGCAAACACAACAGCAGCAAUGCCCAGAAGAGCCAUGUGCUGGUGGAGCCCUGCGAUGGGCAGGCUUUGGCUGAGAGGAGAUGCCCCGUGCACGGCAAACUGCUGGAGUGUUUUUGUGUGACGGACAUGGUGUGCAUCUGCAUCCUGUGCUCCGUCCUGUCCCACAAGGACCACAAGAUCGUCAGUUUGGAGGAGGCUUUCAAAGAAGGCCAGAGAUCUCUUCCUGGAACUCUGGAAACAUUAAAAAACCAUGAAGCUGUACUGGAUCAAGCCAUAGCAAACCUCGUGAAAAAAGAGAAUGAACUAAAGACUGCGGAGAGCCAGCGGAGGGGACAGCUGGAGAGGCUGUUCAAGGAUAUUAAUAAGCAGCUAGAGAACAAAAAAAGAGAGGUCCUGAAAGUUCUUAAUGGCUAUGAGGAGCAACAACUUUCUCGGAUUCAGACAGAGAUGAAUAAUCAAAAGAGGGAGAAGGAUUUAGCCAGACAUGAUAUUCAGGAGUUGGAGGCUCUGAGAAAUCAGGAGGACACACUUCUUUUCUCCAGGGCUUUUGGAGCAAUUAAAGCCAGGGAACACAAGCCAGUCCCUAGCAUGGAUGGUGUGGUGAUAUCAAAUCCACCCGUUACUGUGGAUGAAUCAACAUUAGGUAAUAUUCUGAAGGCUUUCCAGCAAUUCCUCGUCAACCUUGACACCUCCUUUAGUCAGCCACAACGUCCAGUAUUUGUAGCAGCACGUACUGGUAAGUGCUCAUUUCAUGUGGCAAAAGCAAGAUGGAGAAGUCAGUAAAACGUCUUUUAAAAAGGACUACACUGAGUACCUCUAGAAGUGCUAAUUCCUUACACUGUGUGCUUAUUUGCACAUGUGUGUGCAGCAGAGGGAGCUGGUCCUGGGAUUCAGGGCUUUGGGGCAUGCCUUCCUUGAAUACACCUUGUUAAACCUAGGCUUGGAAGUCCCAGGAGUUUUCUGGGAGGAUUAAAAGAAGAUAAUAGCAGUGCCUCUGUGGCAUCCCUUUGAUUGAAGGGGAAAGUUGAGAACUCAUCACAGCAGCAGCAGGGUACAGUUUGCUUAGGACAUAAAUAACCUGCUCUUUUUGUGUAAAUAUUUCUACUCCUUUGCAAUGCUUUGUAAGCUCAACCUGCAAUCCAAGAGCAGUGCACAGGGGGACACUUGUCUGACUGAAUUGGUGAAAUUAGGGUUCCCUGGGUACUGCUCUCUGGAUGUUGCUUCAGCCCUCACUGGCAGCAAGCCUCAGGUCAGGACAGAGGCAGACUCCAAAUCUCCACAAUUAUCUGUUAAUCAUAAUGUGUUUUUUUCUCUUUAGGUCACUCAUUUCGAAGUGGAACACA